AUGCCGUCUGUUGCGCAAUGGCAGGGCACACCCUCAGUCAAGGGCUCGACUGAGAGCAUGCGCAUGGCGUUGCUCACAGCCUCCCUCAUCGGCUUGCAGUUCACGUGGAAUGUCGAAAUGACAUACUGCACACCCUACCUCCUCGAACUCGGGCUUACGAAAUCGAAGAUAUCCCUCGUGUGGGUCGCCGGUCCGCUCUCAGGCCUUAUAAUGCAGCCUAUCGUCGGUGUCGUCGCGGAUCGAUCUACCUCUCGUUGGGGCCGCCGGAGACCGUUCAUGUUCUUUGGUACGAUCCUGGUGGCCAUGUUCUUGUUGCUGCUAGGCUGGACGAAAGAGGUGGUUCGAUACUUUAUCAAAGACGAGGCUGCGGCUAAGAGCGCAACGAUAUACGUGGCGGUGUUUAGUAUAUACGGUAUUGAUUUCGCUAUCAAUGCCGUGCAGGGGAGUUGCAGAGGCCUGGUCGUCGAUACAUUGCCAAUUGCGAAACAGCAAAUGGGCAGUAGUUGGGCGAGUAGGAUGGUAGCGGUCGGAAGUCUGAUUGGGUACGGGGCGGGAGCGAUUGAUCUGAAGAAUGUGUUUGGGCCUAUGUUGGGGGAUACACAGUUCAAGCAGUUGACGGGUGUUGCGGCGUUGACGCUCUGCUUGGCGAUAGGGACAACGAGUUGGGCUGUUACGGAGAGGGUGCUCAUUAAUGAUGGGGCGGAGGAGGGCAAGGAGCUGGAUCUUAAGCAAGUUCUCGGUACCAUCGUGCAUACUGCUUUGAAUCUGCCUAGAAGUAUCCAGGCUAUCUGCACAGUCCAGUUCUGGGCUUGGAUUGGCUGGUUUCCUUUCCUCUUCUACAGCACCACGUGGGUUGGUGAAGUAUACCUACGAUACGACGCCCCAGCAGAAGUCAAAGCUGCGGGUGACCUCACAGGCAAGGUCGGUCGCAUUGGUUCCAUGGCCCUCAUCGCCUUUUCCAUCAUUACAUUCGUCAUGUCUGUUCUCCUGCCUUUCUUCGUACAGAGCCCAGAAGAAGACGAAAAGGGUCCUGGUUUCUCUCGCCCACCUAAGCAGUUAACGGGAUUGGCGAAAUACAAACCAAGCCUGCUUACCGCGUGGACAACUGCGCAUUGUAUCUUUGCAGGAAGUAUGGUCAUGGCACCUUUUGUGAGAAGUCUGAGGCACGCAACCAUCAUCAUCGCUUGCUGUGGCGUAUCAUGGUCCGUCGCCUGCUGGGCUCCUUUCGCCUUCCUCGGCGUAGAAAUCAACCGCCUCAAUACCUCCACCUCGCACUCCGCCCACCCAAAGCGCACCUCUAUCGACCUUCCCGAAGCGCAAUCCAACCUCGAAAAGGGCAGCGCGCCUUCCUCCAGCGGCGGAGCAAGCUCAGGGCAAUACCUUGGCAUCAUGAAUCUGUAUACCACGCUACCUCAGUUCAUGGGCACAGGGAUCUCGUGGGUAGUGUUUUCCAUCCUGGAGCCCGGGAAAAGCCCGGAGUUGAGCGAGGCGCCGCCAGAGGAACACCACAAGACGGAUGGCCCGAAUGCGAUUGCAGUUUGUCUGUUCAUUGGGGCUUGUUCGGCGUGUAUGGCCGUUGUGGCUACGAGGAGGUUGGGGAGGAUACAGGGAAGACUGUAG